UUGAUAUUCCACAAAAUUUUAUUUUGCCCCAUAGGAAUCAGUAAAUCACAGCCGAACUGAAUGUCGAGGGAAGCGGAGGAAGCAGCGCCGGUAACGGCCGCGGCUGCACCUCCACAGCGAACUUUUGGGGAGCCGUGGACCGAAUUCAAUGAGGGUUUAACUUACCAUGACCUCGCCCGUCCCGCUGAUGCUGGUCUUACAUUGAUCGAGUUCUACUCCAGGAAGUACAAGAAUUCAGCUCCCGUACAGGGAGAAUUCAAAACAAACAGAUAACUGUUGAUGGUAGAGUUGUUAGCAAUCCAGAUGCAUGUCUCAGAUCUGGUGCACAACUUGUAUAUCACCGCCUUCCAUGGAAGGAGCCCUAUGCACCUUAUGUGUUGGAUGUUUUAUUUGAAGAUAAAAAUUUGAUUGCUCUAAACAAGCCUUCUGGUUUGCAAGUAUUACCAGGAGGUUUAUUCCAGCAGCGGACUGUCUUAACGCAACUUCAGCGGCGUGCAAGAAAUUCGUCAAAUUUAUCAACUUGUGGAGAACCAAGUCCUGCCCCAGUUCAUCGUUUAGGGCGUGGUACAUCAGGGAUAUUACUCUGUGCAAAAACUAAGCUUGCAAAAUCUUGUCUUGCGUCAUAUUUUGCUGAUGGAACAUCAAUUGUUCAAGAAAAGAGACAUUCCAAUGUUGAAAUCAUGAGAGCGAGGAAAAUUGUGAAGAUUUAUCGGGCUCUUGUAAGUGGGAUAAUGAAUGAGGAUGAGGUUGUGAUUGAGCAACCAAUUGGGAUGAUCCGUUAUCCUGGAGUUGCCAAGGGGUUGUAUGUUGCUUCUACUUCAGGAAAACCAGCCUUGAGUAACGUUCGUGUUCUUGAGAGGCGGGUGAAGAAUAAUUGCACAUUAAUAGAGGUUGAAAUUCAGUCUGGCAGGCCGCACCAAAUACGGAUACAUCUCUCAUCAAUUGGGCAUCCACUUAUAGGGGACCCUCUUUACACUGAUGGGGGACAACCAGGGUGCUUUGAUCCUGACCUCCUUGAUGAAAGUUUUGCUGAAGAUGGUGGGUACCAGAGGCCGGAGAAUCCCGUUCCUGGAGACUGUGGAUACAACUUGCAUGCGCACAAGUUGACUCUUCCUCACCCUAUUACGCAAGAGAUGAUUACAAUUACUGCACCUCUACCAUCCAUCCUCAAGGCAUGUCCUGAAGCUUCUCUCUAUCACCAUUGUUCGGGCUGAAUUCACAACUCCUUAAUUCAUUGAUUUUCGAUACACUGAUGACUAUAAGAUUCAAGAUUGCUUGAUCGAGAUGAGAUGAAAAAAAUUGUCAGUUGAAGGAAGUGCAUAAUUAUUAAAAAUUAGUCUAUUAACUUCGAGUCAUGUGUUGUAUUUACUUCGAGUAAAGUUUCUUAUCAACCCAAACAGUUAACAAGAUUUGGCAGGUCCAGGGUAAGAACUUUAAAUUCCUAUUUACCAUGGUCGCUUUUUGAAAAUCGAUUAAGAUGUCAUUUUUGAUAUGAAAUAUCUUGACUCAAACUUCUCAUAGUUACUGUGCCAGUCACCCAAUAAUAUAGAUUAUAGACGAGAAACCGUGUAUGUAUAUUGUAUCCCAUGUUUAUCAUAAUAUUUGAUUCCGUGUUUA